CACAAUAACGUGCAUGGAAGGACACAAGUUCAUAGACGGAUCUACGAUAGCCAACAUGCAAUGUAUGGAUGGUCAGUGGCAGCCGACGCGAGCUGACUUCUCCACCAUCCCUGAUUGCCUGCCGGAGUGCAGCCCGCCGUGUCAGAAUGGAGGAGUCUGUCUGUCGGUCAAUAUGUGCGAGUGCCCUGCUGAUUUUAGAGGACCUCAGUGCCAGUAUUCUAUUUCCGCCUGCGACGUGAGAAAGCUAGCGUUCAACGGCGUGUACGACUGCUUCGGCGACAGUGACUCGUCCAGCUGCGUGCUGACGUGUCCAGCGGGCAGCACGUACAGCUCGCCGCCCGCUGAGCUGUACACGUGCCAGUAUGCUACUGGAGUGUUCGAGCCCCAGCCGAUACCGCAUUGUGUUUAUCCUGAAGUGGUUGUCAUUACACCAGGCAGUCACAGACACAACACUACUUACACCUACUAUUCCGAAACGACAAGCGAGCACGGCCACCGCGAGAUGACAAGUGAGAGUCACACGCACAACACUCACCCUGACGACUCGCACGACGACUCGAACUCGCACACGGGUCACGGCAAACAUACCACGUACGGCACGGGCAGGCCUAUUGUUGUGGUGCAGGACUUAACCCCUAAAGGGGGAGUUUGUCUGAGCUGGGCGGGAGUGCAUUAUAAGACUUUUGAUGGCAAGAUUUAUAGCUUCGAGUCUCCCUGCCAGCACAUCUUGGUCCGGGACGCGAAGAACCACCAGUACUCAGUGGAGGUCAAACAUGGAGUCUGCAAGAACCCCGCGAGGUGUCCCAGCGAGCUCACCAUGUAUUUAGAUGACAAACUUUAUAACCUGGCUGUUGGAGAGGACGGAUCAGUGCUGUUCCGUAACACCAAGCGCUUGAUUCCGAUGCCGGCGUCUCUCCCGGGUAUCCGGGUGUCUAUGCCCAGCGAUUAUGUGAUCGUCAACCUGGAUACGGUCGGAGUUACUAUUAAGUGGGAUACUAAUAACAUAAUCCAAGUAGAAGGGUCAGUUCUCUUAUGGAACAACACGGAAGGCCUCUGUGGCACAUUAGACGGUAACCCGGAGAAUGACUUCAUGACCAGAGACAAGACUACAGCCAAGACCAAGUCCGUACUCGCUUCGUCGUGGCAGGUGCAUAAAAUUGAUGAUAUAUGCGACAGCAAGCCGACAGAGACGAGCGCUUGUGCAUCUACCUCCGACGAGGACAUGAAGCGAGCACAGCUCUUCUGUAACAAGAUAUUCUCGCAGAACAAGUUUAGGAAAUGCUCUAAGGUGAUGGAUGUGACUCUAUUACUGGAAGCAUGUCAAUGGGAUUACUGCGCUUGUACUACGAUUUUAAGUCCCGAGGAAUGCGCCUGCAGCACAGUUUCUGUGUACGCCAAAGAAUGCCUGCGACAUGGCGUCGAGGAAAUGAAGCAGUGGCGUGAUCCUAACACUUGCCCCAUGCAGUGCCCAGAAGGUAAGAUCUACAAACCAUGCGGGCCCGACGUACAGCCCAGCUGUGCGUUUCCCUCCGUCUCCGGGAACAACUCCUGCGUGGAAGGGUGCUUCUGUCCCGAGGGCCUGUUGCUGGAGGAGGGCAAGUGUGUCCCGAAGGCUGAGUGUCCUUGUAGACUCAGGAAUAAGAGCUUUAAGCCGGGGUCUACGAUACGCAAGGACUGUAAUACUUGCACAUGCGAGGCAGGCGAGUGGACAUGCACGGCGAUUGCCUGUGGAGCACGAUGCAGCGCCAUCGGGGACCCUCACUACAGCACGUUCGACGGACUGCGCUACGACUUCAUGGGGCACUGCACCUACACCAUGCUGCAGGCUGACAACAUUACUGUGGAGGUCGAAAAUGUCGCUUGUUCUGGCGCUGUUACUGAGGCAAUGAACUUAAGCCCCUACAAGGGCGAAGGAAAGCCGUCCUGCACCAAAGCGGUGAACUUAAACUAUGAUGGCGCGAAUAUCCACAUGAAGCAAGGAGGUUUCAUACUUGUGAACGGCGGGGAGGUGUCCAGCUUGCCUGUCAUGGUGGGCGAUAUCAGGAUCAGGGCUGCGUCUUCUAUGUUUAUUAUUGUUCAACUGCCGAACAAAGUGGACCUAUGGUGGGAUGGCAACACUCGUGUCUUCAUCGACGUUCCUGCUGAAUUCCAAGGAAAGACCAAGGGUCUCUGCGGUACCUUCAACUUGAACCAAAAGGAUGACUUCCUAACUCCUGAGAAGGACAUAGAGCAGUCAGCUCUAGCGUUCGCCAACAAGUGGAAGACCAGGGAGUUCUGUGCCGACAUCGAUACGAAGGAGCCGGAACAUCCUUGUAAGGCUAACAUGGAGAAUAAAGAGGCUGCUGAGAAGUACUGUAGCAAGCUGAAGAGUAAGGUGUUUGAAGCGUGUCGUUGGUACGUGGACGUGGAACCAUACUACGAGUCGUGCGUGUACGACAUGUGUGCAUGUGGCAGUGACGCGUCGCGGUGCCUCUGCCCCGUGCUCGGAGACUACGCGAUGGCCUGCGCCAAGGCUGGUGUGCUCAUACAGUGGCGGUAUGAGGUCAAGGAGUGUGAGGUGCAAUGCACGGGGGGUCAGGAGUACACGGUGUGCGCGGACAGCUGCCUGCGCAAGUGCGCGGACAUGGCGCUGGCGGCCAGCGGCACCUGCACGCCCUGCUGCGUCGAGGGCUGCGCCUGCCCGCCGGGACAGCUCCUAGAUGACAACAAUCUGUGCGUACCAACCGCACAGUGUCCGUGCUACCACAAGGGGCUGCAGUUCAAUGCUGGUUACAAAGAAGUUAGAGCCGGAAAACGAGAAAGGGAACUAUGCACAUGCGUUGGUGCCCGAUGGGACUGCAUCCCGGCGACUCCGACGGACAUACAGAACUACCCGCCCGCUGAGGAUCUACGCAGCAACUGUAGUGCUUCAAACAAUAUGGAGUUCACCACUUGUGAGAUUGCUGAACCACUUACCUGCAAGAACAUGCACCUUCCGCCUACAUCAACAACAGCAGAGUGUCGGCCAGGCUGCCAAUGUAAGAAGGGCUUCGUGUUGGACACGAUGUCUAAGAAGUGUGUGUCGCCAACACAGUGCCCCUGUCACCAUGGAGGACGCAGCUACCCUGAUGGACACCUCAUGCAGGAGGAGUGUAACACCUGCGAAUGCAAGAGCGGCAACUGGUCAUGUACGACACGCAAAUGCGCAGGAGUGUGUUCAGUGUGGGGUGACUCGCACGUGGUGACCUUCGACGACACCGACUAUGACUUCGAGGGGGUCUGCACCUAUCUGCUGGCCAAGGGGGUCAUGGACUCCAAGGAUGGAUUUGAUGUUGAAAUACAGAACGUGCCAUGUGGCACUACAGGAGCCACCUGCUCGAAGUCAGUAACCCUGAAGGUUGGCAGAGGCGACAGCGAGGAGAUCGUCGCACUUACUAAGGAUUCACCCAUACCUGACAUAUCGAAACUUAAGAGGAUCAAAAUGCGCAUUGCCGGUGCAUACGUGUUCCUGGAUGUACCGACAUUGGGUAUGAGCCUGCAGUGGGACCGCGGCAUGAGGGUGUAUGUCAAAGUCGACUCCAUCUGGCAAGGAAGAGUGAAAGGUCUUUGCGGUAACUACAACGGCGACAUGAGAGACGACUUCCAGACACCCUCAGGUGGAAUGGCGGAGUCCUCAGCUCUUAUAUUCGUUGACUCCUGGAAGCUGAAGCCUACGUGUCCUAAACCGCAGAAGCUUAUUGACCACUGCAAACAACGCCCAGAACGUAAAGAAUGGUCAUCCACCAUCUGUAGUCACAUGAAACAGUUCCCCUUCACCCUCUGCCACGCGGAAGUCCCCCCCUCCCCCUACAUCGCGCGCUGUACUCGCGACGCCUGCGCCUGCGACGCGGGCGCCGACUGCGAGUGCGCUUGUACCGCGCUAGCUGCGUACGCGCAUGCUUGUGCACAUAGGGGCGUGACGUUCAAGUGGAGGACCCAGGAGUUGUGUCCGAUGCAAUGUGACGAGGAGUGUUCGAACUACGACGCGUGCAUAUCAGCGUGCCCGGUAGAGACGUGUGACAACACCCUGUAUUAUACGGACAUGAAGACCAACUGCGAACAGGACACCUGCGUUGAAGGUUGCAAACCCAAAAAAUCCUGCCCCGAAGGCCAGGUCUACAAGAACAGUACCCACAAAGAUUGCGUGCCCCGCGCCAAAUGCAAGCCGGUGUGCAUGACCUUACCCGACGGCAGGGAGUUGGCCGAGGGAGACAUUAUAGAGGAAGACGCUUGUCAUACCUGCCGCUGUUCCAAGAAGCAGAGGAUCUGUACUGGACAGCCUUGUACUACUGUUGAAACGCCCAUUAAAGAGGCGACAUCACCAAAGCCUCACGACGAGCCGCUGAAGUGUGUGACCGGCUGGACCUCGUGGAUCAACAGGGGGCCUCCCGAGCUCGGACCCAACGGCGAGUCCAUUGACAACGAGCCGCUGCCUAAACCGAAUGAACUGGCUAUAGGCACCCCAAUGUGCAAAGAAAGCAUGAUGACGAAGAUCCAGUGCCGCACGGUGACAGACCACAAGUCGCCCAAGGAGACAGGCCUGGACGCUGAAUGUAGUCUGCAACGAGGACUGUACUGCAAGGAGGGAGGAGGCAGGAAGUGUGAGGACUUUGAGAUCAGGGUCUACUGUGAAUGCGAGGAGGAUAGUUCUCUAAUAUAUUCACAAUCUUGUGUAGGAGAGACAACGACCUCUACGGUAUCUCCCACGACGUCCCGCUGUCCCCCGGGACAGGAGUUCUCUUCCUGCGCGUACCGCUGUGACAGUCUCUGCGAUUACUUCAAGAGGACAGUGCUGGCUAAGGGACGGUGUAUUGGAGAGAAAUGCAUUGAAGGUUGCAUAGAAAAGCCAUGCGAGGCGGGCUCUUUCUGGCGCGACGAGAAGACAUGUGUGCCUAAGAAGGAUUGUACCUGCUUCGCUAAUGACAAGAUGAUUAAGCCCGGCGGAGUUACAACAGACGGCUGCAUCAAAUGCCAGUGCCUCGACAAUGCCAUGCAUUGCGACUCAAGCGACUGUGUCGAAGUCAGUACAUACGCGCCAGUCGGACCCACGCAUCAGCCAAUCAUAGAGCCAUAUAUCGUACCCUCGCCGGCUACGAAGCCUACGACGACUACGACAACUACGGUGACUACGCCAGUUGUGUAUGAGGAGACGAUACCGCCGCCUGAAUGCUCGCCUGAUGACUACAUAGACCUGAUGUUUGGAGACCAACCACUGCCCGACUCUUCGAUUACGGCAAGUUCCGUCGCUGGUGAUAUGUUCAAGCCUCAAUACGCUAAACUCAACGGACGUCCUCUUGCAAACUCUGCUGGCAGCUGGAACCCGAAGGUCCAAGAUCUGAACCAGUACAUCCAAAUGGAACUGCCCCGACCUCAACCAAUCUUCGGUGUCAUGAUGCAAGGCAGCCCGAUCUUCAACCAGUACGUCACCAGCUACGAAGUCUUGUAUGGAGACGAACCCAAUAACCUAGUGGCCGUGAAGGGAACUGAUGGAAAGCCUAAGGUAUUCCAAGGACCUUCAGACAGCAAAACACCAAAGAAGCAAAUGAUCGAACCUCCUGUGGAGGCCAAAGUCUUGCGCAUUCACCCUCUCUCCUGGCACGAGGACAUUGCGGUCAGGCUCGAAGUCAUUGGCUGUAAAACACCUGUAUCUAGCACUGAGGCUCCAAUACCUUCUACUAUAACUCCUGGUACAAAGGCUACGGAGCCUACGACAGUUACUACGCCGACUACGCCUACUACACCUACUACGCCUACUACGCCUACGACACCUACUACGCCGACUACGCCAACUACGCCGACUACGAUUACUACGCCAACAAAAACUACAAUAGCGGCUCCAUUGAUCAUAGUUUCUACGGUGUCUCCGCCACCUGUGUGUAAUCCUGAUAGCUAUGUAGAUCUAAUGUGGGGUGACCAGCCGUUACCAGAUUCCGCGUUCAGCGCCAGUUCCGUCGCCAACGAUCUUUUUGAACCGCAGUAUGCUAAGCUCAAUGGACAUCCACUUGAUGUCACGGCGGGCAGCUGGAACCCAGCAACCCAAGACACGAACCAGUACAUCCAAGUGGAGUUCCCUCGCCGGGAGCCAGUGUACGGCAUCGUGAUGCAGGGCAGUCCUCUGUUCAACCAGUACGUCACGAGUUACUAUGUCAUGUAUGGUGAUGAUGGCAACACGUUUGCUACUGUUAAUGGACCUGAUGGGAAGCCGAAGGUGUUCCGCGGCCCAGUAGACCACAACAAGCCCAUGAAGCAGAUGAUAGAACCCCCCAUAGAAGCGAAGGUGUACCGCGUGCAGCCUCUCACCUGGCACGAGGAGAUCGCAGUCAGGUUCGAGCUGAUAGGAUGCAGGGAGCCCACUGCUGAUACUACUGUUACUACUCCACCGGCCAUAAAAUGCCUGGAACCUCUAGGCCUAGCUGCCGACCUACCCAUAGAGAGCAUAGAAGUGAGCUCCAACAACGACGCCAGGAAAUACUUUAGGCUGGACGGAGAGAGGGGCUGGAGACCGCUGUAUAGUACUCCUGGAGAAUGGAUCAUGUUCAACUUCACAUCCCCACGCAACAUAACCGGAAUCAAAACUAAGGGCGGACCACUAGGCUGGGUCACCACCUACAAGAUCAUGUACACCUCCGAUCUAUCCACCUUCAAUCCCGUGGUGGACGACAACGGGAAUCCCAAGAUAUUCCCCGGGAACUUCGACAAAGAUACCGCGGAUGUUACAGAGUUUAAUCCCCCGAUUCAUGCGCAGUAUUUAAAAGUGUUGCCGAUUUCUUGGAAGGAUAAUAUUGAGAUGAGGAUCGAGCCUAUAGGAUGCUUUGAGCCUUAUCCGGUCACAGAGAAACCUUUAGAACCCACAACCCCAGGCUACAAACCGAAGAUAGAAACCCCUCCACCAUGCGAGAUGUGUCCGGGAGUGGAGAAGAUCUUCGAGACAUGCGACUGCCAGCCCCCAACGCAGUACUAUGAUGGCGAGAACUGCGUCACCAGGGACCAGUGCUCCUGUGUCGAGUCCUUCAUGACGUACCCAGUAGGGUCUACAUUCCGCGGGUCGAACUGCGACGAGUGCGUGUGCAAGCUGGGCGGCAUCACUGACUGCACGCCUGUUAAACAAUGCAAGUGUGCACCGGACCUAGUACCAAAACUAUCACCUUCAACCUGCGAGUGCCUCUGCGAGCCAUGCACCAACGGCACGAAGAUCUGCCCCACCAGCAAGCUCUGCCUACCCCUCGACAAGUGGUGCGACGGCCUGCAGGACUGUCCUGAUGAUGAGAAGGAUUGCACCACCAGCACCACGGUCACCACGCCCAGGACUACUGUGAAAGAGGCCGUGGUGGUCACUACGGAAGCCCCGGCCACAGUCGCUGCUGUUGUAACUACGCUUGCCCCUGUGGAAUGCCCGAAGGUGGAAUGUCCUCCUGGGUACAGCGUUUACUACACGACCACGGAGCCCAGUGUCUCCCGACCCUCGUAUGGUGUUGCCACUGAGCUGCCUCCUCCAAGACCUAGGUACUCCUACCAGAGGUACUACAGAGGGUCUAAGGGUGGCUACUCGAAGGGCGGAUACUCUAAAGGCGGGUACGCGAAGAAUGGAUAUUCUAAAGGAGGAUUCUCGAAGGGAGGUUAUGGUCUCCCCCCACCACCUCGUCCAAACCAAGCCUUCUCUCUCGACAAACCAGACAUAGUGACUCCCACUCAAGCUCCGAAGCAAGAGUGCGCACAGUUCAAGUGUGUGCCGAAACUACCCCCCUACAAGCCCGGCGGAGUCACUCCAACCCCCGUAUGCUCUGUAGUCACAUGUCCUAGUGGCUACACGCUGAGAUUGGACUCUGAGGCUUCGGGAUACAGCAAGUGCCCUGUGUACGAAUGCGUGCCACCUCCGGAACGUCCAGUAUACUGCAACGUGACCGGCCGAACGUUCAACACGUUUGACGGCACCGAGUAUAAAUACGACGCCUGCUUCCACAUCCUGGCUAGAGAGAACAGAUUCGAUGCUUGGACUAUACUCGUCCGCAAGAAGUGCCGUCUCGAAGGCUGCCAGAACGAGCUGAUAAUCCUCCAAGACGACCAGCUCAUCAUGGUGAAACCCAACAUGAUGAUAGAGUACGACAACUACGAGUAUACCGUCGAACAGACCAGCAAGAUCUGCUUCCAGAAGAACAGCUUCAAUGUAGGAAGACUUGGCAAUGGUAUAGCUAUCAAGAGUCGGAAGUAUAACUUCACUGUGCUGUAUAAUUCUGAAGGAGAUAUUAAGAUUGGGGUAUUCAAAAGCUACAUGGGUUCAGUGGACGGUCUCUGCGGCACGUUCGACGGCGAGGCUCAGAAUGACCGGCGCCUGCCCGACGGACGUCUAGCAACCAGUAUAGACGAGUUCGGCCGCGGCUGGGCCAAGCCCGGCCUGCCGCCCAACGCCUGUCAGACACAGGUUAUCUCUGAUCAGAAGCAGAAGAAGGCUUGGAAGCUUUGUGAUGUCAUUACCAAUCAGCCAUUCUCCCAAUGCGGCCGCGUACUAAACUUACACAAAUGGCGUAACAUCUGCUUAGAGAAGAUCUGCUCUUGCUCCGAGUUACUGGUCAACGGCACCCGUCGCACUGAGGAGCAGUGCCGCUGCCUGCUGCUGGAGCAGCUCGUGGCCGAGUGCCUCGCUGCCGACAACAACGUGGACCUGUCCAACUGGAGGAUGAUGAUGGACUGCCCGGCCGACUGUCCCCCACCUCUCGUCCACUACGACUGCUACCGCAAGCAGUGCGAGCCUCGCUGCUCGGAGAUGGGUACCGCCAACGUCGCAUGCGGCACGGAGGACGGCCAGUGCUUCCCCGGCUGCUACUGUCCGGAGGGCAAGCUCAGGAAGGGAGACCAGUGUGUGGUGCCGGCUGACUGUCUUGAUUGCACUUGCAACGGCGUAGGCACUCCAGCCAAAUACGUGACCUUCGAAGGAGACGACUUACCCUACCUUGGGAACUGCACAUACCUCGCCUCACGGGACAGGAACGAGACUGGUCAUCAUCAGUAUGAGGUCUACUCGACUAAUGGACCUUGUGAAGAAAAUGAUGCCGUCGUCUGCACGAAGGUUGUGCAUCUGGUCUAUGAGAAGAAGGUUGUCCAUGUUAGCAAGGAUAAGGAUAAUAAUAAGCUGCUCACCACGAUUGAAAACGAAGCAGUAUUCAAGUACCCAGUUAAGAAGGAUUGGGUGACCAUCACACAGGAGAACGGACAAGAUGUCACCAUACUGCUGCCGGAUAUACACGUUGAGCUAACAGUCCUCCUAGCCAAGAUGGAGUUCAGAGUUCGAGUACCGUCAUACUUGUACGCGAACAAAACGGAAGGGCUUUGUGGCGUAUGCGCCGGGUACCAAGAGAUGCUUGUCACCAGCAAUGGCACCCAAACCGAUGAUUUUGAUGAGUACGGCAAGAGCUGGCAAGCCACUCCCUCAGACCUGCAGACCCUGGACAUAUCGGAGCAGGCGCAGUGCGAGCAGCCGCCCCCGCCGCCCGAGUGUGUGCUGCCCCCACCGGAGUCCAACCCCUGCUAUAAUCUGUACAAUGCUGAUCGAUUUGGAGCUUGUCACGCGCUAGUAGAACCGCAAUCAUUCGUGGAGGCUUGUGAAGCGGAUCUAUGUGCAAACGCAACGGACGCCUGCGUAGCAUUAGAGCGUUACGCGGCCGAGUGUCGGCGGCAGGGAGUCUGUCUGCAAGAUUGGAGGACUGACUUGUGUCCUUAUCCUUGCGCGGAGCCUCUCGUGUACCGCGCAUGCGUGACGUGCGAGUUGACGUGUGAGAACAGUGAUGAGCUCACAGAGCAUCCGGACAAGUGUCACCAGCCUGCUGGCGAGGGAUGCUUCUGUCCUGAAGGAAAGGUGAAAGUGAACAACACGUGCAUAGAGCCAACAAAAUGCUUCCCAUGCGACGCCAACAAGGAACACUUCGCUGGCGACCAGUGGCAGGAGGAUGCAUGCACAAAGUGCAGCUGCAGCAAGUUGUCAGGCGAGAACACAGCUCACGUGUCGUGCACUAAACAGACGUGUGUGGCGCCGCUAUGUGCCGACACCGAGGAUCUCAUCACCAAGCCGGCCAAGCCGGGCCAGUGCUGCGCUGAACAUCUGUGUGUACCCAAACCGAAGAAGAACUGCACUGAGGCCAAGAAGAUGGACUGCGGUUUCGGCCAGGUCCUGAAACAGAAGACUACAGCCGACGGAUGCACUGAGUUUGCUUGUGAAUGCAUGCCCACAAGUCAAUGCCCGCCCAUACCUGAUGAGAAGGAGGUGGAAGUCUUUGAGCCUGGCAUGGAGCGCGUUAUAGACAACAGUGGCUGCUGUCCGAAGGCCCAGUUCCUGUGUAAACCGGAGACCUGUCCCAAGCCACCAGACUGCCCCAAGUUCCAUGAUCUCAAGACUUACAAUGUGUCUGGGAAGUGCUGCGUGGAGUAUAAGUGUGAACUGCCCAAGGACAAGUGCGUGGUGAAACUGGAAUGGGAAGCGGCGUCCAAAGGUGGGGAGAAGGCGAGAACCACACCACAGACCAUGUUGAAAGAUAUCGACGCAGUCUGGCUAGACGGUCCAUGCCGUUCGUGCCGCUGCGAGUCCUCAACCCUGGGCACAUCAGCUCGCUGCACAGCUACGGAGUGCCCCAGCGUGCUCAGCACCGAACACUUCGUGCUGGAACCCAGGCCCGUGCCCUUCCAGUGCUGUCCCAGGGCUGUGCAUGUGGCUUGUAGAGACGGAGAUGACAUUUAUAAGGUCGGCGAGAACUGGACGUCCCCGGUGAACCCGUGCGAGAGCUACCUGUGCAAGCAGACGGACACGGACGGCAAGCUCGAGAAGAUCACCACUGUGCAGCAGUGUCACACUGACUGUCAACCGGGUUGGAAGUACUUCCCAGCACCACCUUCCAGCAAGGAGUGUUGCGGCAAGUGCGAGCCGGUGGCCUGCGUGGUGGACGGCGUCGAGCGACCCAUCGGAGCCAAGUGGACUUCUUCAGACUUCUGCGCUAACUAUACCUGUGUUAAUGUCGAUGGCACUCUUCAAGUACAAUCGUCAAACGAGACGUGCGUGGAAGUGUCGGAGGCUACCAGGAAGCAGUUCGUGCUGGACCAGGAGAAGGUGACCGGCCAGUGCUGUCCUAAGGAGGAACCUGUCGCCUGUAGAGUUGGCAACGCUAUUUAUCAGGAAGGUCAAACCUGGACAUCACCUUCCGAACCUUGCAAGAACACAACCUGCGCCCGCGACUACAAUGGCAAACUAACACACAAGGACAGCGUACAAACGUGCGCAGACGCAGCCGGGUGUAAGCGCGGCUGGACGUACGUGCCGCCCGCCCCCGGCGUCUGCUGCGGACACUGUGUGCAGACACACUGUGUCGUCGAGGACAAGGUGGUGGCUCCUGGUACAACCUGGCAGUCCCCGGACAAUUGCACGACAUUUACGUGCGACGCGUCCGGCGAUGAUGUGUUCGUGACGUCAUCGCCGGCCGUGUGCCCCGACGUGUCGGCCUGCAAGCCCGAGUAUAUCGUCAACGACACCUGCUGCCGACUCUGUAAGGAACCGCCUGAGAACUUGAGUAAAUGCGUGCCGACAACCAUCCCAUCAUCAGAGACGGUGGGUGUAGUGCGAGUGCACGACCACAGACACGGCCUUUGUGUUAACAAACAACCUAUCAAGGGACUCAAAGAGUGUCGCGGAUCCUGUGACUCGGGCACGCUUUAUAAUAACCAAACCGGUAUCCACGACUCUCGCUGCGAGUGCUGCGCGGCCACAGAGUACGGGUCGCUAGACGUGACGCUGAGCUGCUCGGACGGCAGCCCGCGCCCGCACAUGCUGGGCUCGCCGCGCGCCUGCGCCUGCACCGCGUGCGGCGCCGGGGCUACGCCACACUGGCCUUCUAAAGGAGGUUAUGCCGGAGUUAAAGUACCCCCAAAAAGACCGAGUUUUGAAGAAGAGGACAUCAUCCCUCAGAUAUACCAAAGAUUUGGCUCCUCUCCCCGCCCGAUACGAUAAACUAUAAUAAACCUUAACACAACGCACUAAAGUACAAAAUGCAAUCACAACGGAUUUACUCUCUUAAUAUUUAUAGUCAUUUGCUGUGAUGCUCACUGUAUUCUAUAUUUUUGUAAAUAAAUGCAGCAAUCGUUAAUAA